AUGAAAAUUCAUAAGUUUAGUAAAAAAAAUUAGAAAUUAAAUUCUUGGGCUAUUGGACACAACUUUGAGCCUCCUGAUAAUUACUUAUUAUCGAAUUUUAGAUAAGACAAUUAAUUAAUGAUAAACUUUUAGUAUGGAAUUCAUGAGAGUAAUAAAUUUUAAAAAGUUAUUGGAUGGAGGAUGAAAAAAACUGCGCAAUAAUAGAGACAUAAAUAAUAUAAAAGAAUUUACUUGUAUUAUAAUCGAGACUAAUUUAAAAUAUUUGAAAUGAUGAAGUUAAAUUGA